UAUGGAGAUCGAACAUGACCGAAGCCUGUUUUGGCAUACUUUAUAUACGGAGUGUAUUGCUUGCUAGCUAGGCCUAGGCCUAACAAACACUUUGCAGUUGAGUUUGCUGGUUACUGUAGAUUUUUUUGAAAAAAUAAUUCGAUGGAAACGUUGAAAUGCAAUAUACGUGUACCAUUUGGGACAAAUCGUGAAGCAGAGAUUGCCUAUCGAACGUUGCGUGUUGAUAAAGAACCAAGAAAAGGAGAUGUCACUAAGGUGUUGUCAUUUCAAGACAAUGUGCUAACAGCUGACAUUACCGCAGUUCAGGCCAGGCUGCUUCGUGUUGCUGUGAACUCAUUCAUGGAUCAUCUUAAUCUUGUUGUACAGACUAUCGAACAAUUUGGGCCUCCUGUUGAUAAAACGUAGCUUAAUAUGGCCACACCUAAGCUAAAUAUAUUUCAUCAUUUUGAUUCGUCAUUGAGAGGAUCCGUUGAAUGUGAUAAGUGGAGGAAAAAGCUGCAACUUUAUAUCUAGUUGAAAGCAGUGAUUAUAAAGGGAAUAGAGUGGUCACACAAAGCUUCGAAAGAAUACUUUUGGGUUUCUUUAUCCUCUAAGUUGAAAGAAGUAAUUGAAGAAAUAGACAAUUACGAAAAUGCGUUCUCUAUUGACGCCGUCAAUAUUGCUGGGGACCUCCUUGGGUUACCCCUGUGUGUACGUAUGAUUCAGAUAUUCACAUUUGUAGCAAAUGAACUAUGGCAUCUGCAGCUCUGGGAGAAUAAUCCUUGUAUUUUGUAAUGGAUUGGUCUGUAGAGUGACCACACACAAUAUCAGUGGGAUUAAUAUUGUGUAUUACUGUUGCAAUAUUGGUAUGAAGUGCCUAGUGAUAAUUUCAUUGAAGGCCAUUCCAAAGCUUUAAGGCAGUGAUGCACUGAGUGUUCUUUCCCUGUAUGCUGUUAUUUUGGCUAAUGUAAAUUAUGAAAGUGAUGGAAGAGAUGUGGAACAGAGUACCAGAGCAUCGUUGCCAUAAAAAACUAACACAAGUUCAAUUAAUGUGCUAUUUGAUGAAAUGUUUUUGUCAGGAAGUAUAAAAUCAGUGAAAAUGAAAUUUAUUUGAACUGUCCAUCAUUUUGAUAUUGAUAAUUAGGCAAGGGGUUAUAUCCCCUAAAUUUUACCAUCAGUGUAUUUAAAAAAAAUAUACCAUCUUUUAUAUUCUAAAAAUUUUAUUUUGUAGGCUAAAUUAUUAGAAUAAUACAGAAGUACCUGAAACAGAGGGAGGUAGUCCCAAUAAUCCAACAACUGUUAAUUUGUCCUAUUAAUGGGCAAUUUUUUUAGGUCAGAUGGUAUAAAAGAGAAAUAUGUUUUUCAAGAUUUACUGUACAGACACAAAUAAAGAAAAAACAAAUUUUAA